AAUCGAACUCCGUUCUUGCAACCAUGUUGCAAGACAGAGAUCGGACGGCAAUCGGAAACGCUCUCAUCCCCGUUCAUUCACUCACAUGCGUUAGAAGGUUCUUCCGGACUAUACGAGUAAACUAUCUCUCGAAAUUUUUGCAAUCAUGUUGCAAGAACGGAUAUGGAGCGAACGGCCAGGGUGGGCAAUCUGGAAAGAGAACAACGAGAUCUCCGGAUCGUCAUUUCUACGGUGUUGGGUCAAACCUAACAUCGUAAAUGGUGUUCCUUUAGCGUCUAGAGUCUCUAUUGUUGGAUUGUCCGCACUAACUGUCAACACCUCUUGUCAGCUUCUGUCCACGAGGGUGAACCCUCGUGGACAAACCCCGGAUUCGACAGCUGUCGUCUGUGGGAAGCAGGUUUAAUUAGUCGCCUUUCCUCGGCGCUAAUGAUAUGUUCAAGACAGGCCUGUGUCCGAAGUCGAAAAUCAUCUGGUUUCCUCUCCUCCACGCUCCACUUCCCUUCUCCAGUUGGCGGCGUACUGCCAAAAGGUGGAUGAAAUGCCCGUCGACACCUGUAGAGGCCUUUCUGUAGGCGAGAAUGAACGAGACCACUUUCGCCUCUCGUUGGUACUCGAACUCGUGUGCAACGCGGUGUAACUUUCGAAGACGGGGAAAUUCUCGAGCUGAAUCGGGUGUUUAAGUAGCAUGGCUCGAAUUUUCUAGUCGACGAUUUGUCUAGCACGUCGAAAGUGUGAGUCCAUCCAUUAUUGGUCGGAAGAAGAGUGUGAGUUUGCUGUGGAGUGAGUGGGAGCAAGGAAGGAUUCGAGCAGGGCUUCCGAUCCGAUUCGUUGGCCCACGAGUGAGAAGCGAAGUUGGUCGCAUCUGACAUCGUUGUGCCUGUGGUCAGAGCCAAGUCAAGGACGGAACCUUUGUCCUGACUCCUUGGAGGCAGGACGCGAAGGAGGUGAUUAACUGUGCUGCUUGGUUCUCGUUACCAUGAACGGGAAAUGCACUGGCAAAUGAUGAGACUUCGGGUAUAGUAGGCUAAAUUGAGAGCGUGGUGGACCCACGUGCAGGGUAAUAGGACUUUGGCGUUGUCGCACGCAGACGCAAUACCUCCUCGGCUCCAUUUCUCUGUGGUCGCAGGGUUCCAGGAGACACCGAGAGUCGGUUGACUAGAAAAUGUCAUCAACUGAAGAGAUUUAUGAAUGGGUUUGGGCAAAGGUGGUCCAUACGUGUAGACUCUUUGAUAACCGGGUCGUUCCAUUGUUUCCUCAGAUUAAAGGAAUCUGCGCUUUCAAAACUCAAACACUUUGAAGAACCGCGGCGUUGUCAAGAAGUUCGGCGGACUGCGACGUCAGUGUUGUGAGCAAAUCUGUCAGCAACACGGCCGCAGUGUGUUUGAGAUGGAGAGCGAGGGAGAAGUGAUCUCUUCGUCGAGGGAAUCGGAUGCUGUGCCAAGGCUUCGCCCCUUAAGAACAAAUCGUAUUCAGGAGGGGACCAUUCCUAGCACCAGCUAUCUUGAAGAAUCUUGGAAAGAUGAACCCAUGACUCCGGCCGGCCGAGUGUUCAUCGAUCCUGUUUUUGACUGCGUUUGUGUUUGCAUUCUCGGUUUCAAAGAGCCUCUUGAUACCGAAACGUUCAAAAACCAUGUGGAGAUGACAAUUAUGAAGCACAAGCGAUUCUCCAGCAAAGUCGAGACUAGGAAAGGAAGGCCAUGGUGGACGCAGGUGAAAGCCGAUGUGAACGACCACGUUUUAGACGUACAACUUACGCCUGAGCAAAUAGCUGAUAAAGAUAUUGUUCUGAAUUAUACCACUGAUGUGAUUCUCCACAAGCCGUUUGACAAAUCCAAGCCUCUUUGGGACAUUCAUCUCCUGGAUGCCCAUCUUGGUGAGGCAGUAUCUUGUGCAAUAGUGAGAAUACAUCAUGCUCUGGGAGAUGGUACUUCAUUAAUAUCGCUGCUCAUGGCGUGCACUCGUAAAAGUGGAAAGCCUGAUGUCCUGCCUACUCUUCCUGCUGCAUCGAAAGGCUCACCUAAAAAUUCUCCCUCCUUCUUCGCAAGACUAUUCCUUGCCAUUUGCAACAUUUUCCUCAUCUUUUGGCAUUCUCUAACUGAGAUAGGAAAAUUCAUGGCGUCGCUUAUAUGGCUGAAAGACAGCGAAACACCAAUCAAAGGAGCUGCUGGUUGCGAACAUUCACCAAAGAAAUAUAGGUUUGCUACCAUUCAAGUAGAGGAUCUCAAGUAUGUGAGCAAAGCAGUGGGUGGUGGUGCGACUAUCAAUGAUGUGUACAUAGCGAUGGCUGCGAUUGGGUUAAGGAAGUACAUGGAUUAUCGCAUCGAGAAGGACGCUUCGGUGGAAGGAAACAAACCUUUACCUACAGUUGAUGCUUCGAAGACUGAGCCGAGCGAAACUGCGGCAAUUCAUAGUGCAGAAACUCUAUCAAAGUUCAAAAAACUAGACAAAGCAAGAGUUCGAGCACUGGCCCUGAUAAACACGAGACCAGCCCCGGGCUUACCGGAGUUGGCUGAUAUGAUGAAUGGAGCUGCUUCUCAAGCUCGUUGGGGUAAUCACAUGGGGUAUUUGCUACUUGAAUUGCCCAUAAAGCACCACGAAGACCCACUUCAUAUUGUUCGGGAGGCGAUGGCCAUUGGAAACAGGAAGAAGUCUUCCCUUGAAGGACCAUUCACUUAUGCUAGUGGAAGUUUGACAAUGUCUUUGGUGGGGGAGAAGAUUGCUACAAAACUUGUUUACAGAUCUGCGGUCCACACUACCCUAUCCAUGUCGAACGUCAAAGGGCCCUCACAAGAAGUUACAUUUGCGGAAAAUCCAAUUACGCACAUCAUUCCCUCAGUCAUUGGCCAGCCACAUGCCCUGUGUCUUCAUUUGCAGAGCUACAACGGCCAAAUUUUCCUGGUAGGAAUGGCGACUAAGAGCGUCAUUCCUGAUCCAGAGUACGUACUGCAACUUUGCGUUGAGGGAUUGCAGGAAAUGAAAAAAGCAGCCGCAAAAGUACUAGAAAGCAAGUGACUGUCAUUUACACUGAGGUGUACGCCGAAUUCGUCACAUUUCCACGAGCUGCACUCACAUGUGAUUUGGAUCUCUAGUCGAUUUAGGCACUAAAAUGAACAGUGAGGAGCAGGUAGUAGUAAUAUCACAACCCAAAGAUUGAGCUUCAGUGUAGCAUUUGGAGAUGCUCAUUUUCUAUUAGCAAGCCAUGGGCCCACAGUACAUACUCACAGAUAUGAAAAGAAUAUUAGUCAAUUGUAUAGUUGUACAGAUGACUUGUACAGAUGAUGUUCAUACUCCACUAGUCUGCUUUAGCAAAUUACCAGCCGACAACCCCGUUCAGGGAAGGUGUAUGGGAGGGUUUUGAGUUCUAAAAUACACGACGGCACGUAUACCUCAGGCACAAAACUGUUUGUUUUCCGGUGGUGAAGAGUAGAGCAAGUAGGCACUACUGUUUGACUUUAGGUAGUACUACCGCGUUAAGUGAUUCUCACCGGCGUUUUUUGGCGAAAUAUCUUGGGCCAUGUCAUUCAAUCCAGCCAGUGGGUUGUAAGGCGCUUCGUUCUCUUCUGACGAUCCAAAACUGUUGGUUUUUCGGUGGUGACAAAUAGAGCAAGUAGGCACUACUGUUUGGUUUCGGUAGUACUGCCGUGUUAAGUGAAUCUCACCGGCGUUUUUUGGCGAAGCAUCUUGGGCCUUGUUAUUCAAUCCAGCCAGUGGGUUGUUAGGCG